AUGUUGGCCCCCCUUUGGCUGCUUAGCCUUUCUCUCCCCACUCUGUGGGCCCAGAUAUUAAUCAGGUGUUCCUAUAAGAGUCUCUGCCAGCAGGCCCUAGUCUCGGGCAACGAUGUUGUCCUGCAGUGUGACUAUCCCAAGUCACUCUGGUACUUCUCUUCCAUUCUGGGGGAAGAUCCCUUCCUGCUCUCCUCAAUGCCUAACAUAAAGAAACUGCCUGGGGGCAGCCUUCAACUGACCAACCCUCAGCCAUCCCAGACAGGCCUCUAUCACUGCCAGGACAGUGACAGUGCCCUUGUGGUAGAGUAUGAGAUUGAUUUCCAAGAUGUCAACACCCUGCAUAUUACACACAAAGGCCUGGGCCAAAAGCCCCUGCAGAAUGAGACCCUGAGUCUGGGUGGCCAUGUACUCAUCUUCACCCAGUGGGAGCCCUGGCAGGACUGUAACCGCUGUGGGGAGCCGGGGGAGCGGAAGCGCCUGGGCUACUGCUACGUUGAGGAGCCCCUGGAAAAAGCCAUGCCCUGUUGGCUCUAUCUGAGAAUGGAGAAGGCACACUCCACCCGUCUGCGGCCUGAACUGCAGGUGGAAGCCUGCCUUGUACCCUGCGAACACGUCAAGGAAACCAACCAGCCAUACUUCAUCUUUGACAUUUAUCAGUUGGGCAAGAUGACCAACACCAUGUGGCUUACCUGCCCCUUGGCCUCCAUCUACAGGUGACUGGACCAGGGCAUCAGCCUUGCCUUUGAUCCUCGCCUAGGCUUUGUUUCCUAUGCCCACGUGAGGCAGGGGUUUGCCUUCCAGUGGGAACGCAGGCUCUGUCUCCCAGCCCGUAAGCCUUCAUGGUCAGUCUAG